AUGUCUGUCGAUCCGCCAUCCCGCUCGCCAUCCAGCACCGAGAUCAUCUUGUUCAGUUGUCCAUCCCGUUCGCACUCCACCAGCUUGCCACCAGGAUCCCGCUUGCUAUACAGAGCCGACAUCACCUCGCUCCCAAUCCACCAUUCGCUCGCCGUUCACCAUCCCGUUCGCCAUGCAGAAAGCAACACCGUCUCGUUCAAUCCUGCAUCCCGCUCGCAGUCCAGCAGCAUGCCAUUCAGCUCAGCACUUCGUCUCUCGCCAGCACCGUCGUGGGGGAUCAGAUUGACAUUCGAACCGGGAAUCUACAAUGCUUGUGACGGUGGUCUCGGCGUCGGAGGACCGACCCACAAUGCGAGCGAUCGUGGAACAGGCUCUCGAUGUCGGAGGAGGAGAUCAUUACGAUGGGCUCCACCGCUCCGACUGCAUGAUCUGAGAUGA